UUCAUCCCAUAAUUACGGACGAUCUCAAAAAUCAGAGAGAAUAAAAAACAACCACAGAAUAUCCUACCUUACCUCUGUUUUCUCAUUACUACAAUAAGCUCUUUUUUCAUGUUCUUUUUUUCCCUUUGCUUUAUUUGUGUGUUUAUUAGUCAUUCACUCUCUUCUCGAAUGCCUCACACACAUAUCCUUCUCUCAUUCAUCUUCCCCUACCUUCAGAUUGACAAAAAUGGUGAUAUUCAAGAUCACGCGCGUCGAGACUACGCCAUUCGAAGGCCAGAAGCCUGGUACUUCCGGUCUCCGGAAGAAGGUGAAGGUGUUCGUACAACCUCAUUACUUGCAAAAUUUUGUUCAGGCAACAUUCAAUGCCCUUGGAGCUGACAGAGUUAAAGGUGCUACGCUUGUCGUUUCUGGUGAUGGCCGCUACUAUUCGAAGGAUGCCAUCCAGAUCAUUACAAAAAUGGCAGCAACAAAUGGAGUUAGACGUGUUUGGAUUGGUCAAAAUGGACUUUUGUCCACUCCUGCCGUAUCAGCUGUAGUUCGUGAGAGAGUCGAGGCUAAUGGUUCUAAAGCUACUGGGGCAUUUAUAUUGACAGCAAGUCACAACCCAGGUGGCCCUCAUGAGAAAUAUGAAGAACGAGGUUCCCAGCUACGGUAUGGUUAGCACACCCUCACUCUUGUUGGAUUGGUGGAGGAGUAUUCCAUCAAAUGACCAAAUCAAUGAAUGGAAAGAGAGGGACGCCAAAGCUAGCAAAAAGUUGGAAUAUUUGGAAU